AUGGCCCAAGGGCGCGUUGCAACGAUCAAGCGCAAGAGCAUUGAAUACACGCUGGCCGGCAUUGAAGCCAAGCAACUGGCGUGUCACGACAUCAAGCUCUUGUUGGCACCAAUCUUCCUCACAGAACCAUACACGCCAGGGGCGUCGGUGUUUGAUGAGGACUUUUCAAAGCUCAUGCAAACCGUGUGGAAGCAUCAGACCUUGACUCAUGCACAGGCCAAGGUACUGCCGUAUGCCCUGGACCUUAUGCAGACGUAUGCACAUGCUAGCAUUGGUUCAGUCUGCAUUGGAGCAGAUUAUCUUGGCUCGGGCCUCUUUUGA